AUGUCUCUAGCUGUUUUUAUCUUGUACACCAACUCCAUAGUUGCAGACAAAUACUUACAUGUGAGGGAAAUCCCAAAUACAUCAGCCCUUGCAGAAGCCUGUGAUAUGGUUGUGACAGGAAAGAAAAUAUUCUUGGAUAAAAUUACACCAAUGACAUCACUUAGAGAUGUAUCUUGUCAACAGUACUUAAUACAAAACCAUUAUAUAAUGGAGCCUCUGUCUCAAGAAGAAGCUGAAUUCCCUCUGCUGUAUAUCAUGGUGAUCCACAAAGACUUUGAUACAUUUGAAAGACUCUUCAGAGCUAUUUACAUGCCCCAAAAUGUCUAUUGUGUCCAUGUGGAUGAGAAAGCCACAGAUGCCUUCAAAAAGGCAGUGGGAAAACUACAAAGCUGCUUCUCAAAUGUCUUUCUGGCCUCAAAAAGUGAAUCUGUGGUCUAUGCAGGAAUUUCAAGGCUCCAGGCUGACCUGAACUGCCUUCGGGACCUGGUGGCCUCCAGGGUUCCCUGGAAAUAUGUGAUCAACACCUGCGGGCAAGACUUUCCCCUGAAAACCAACAAGGAGAUAGUUCAGUAUCUGAAAGGGCUCAAGGGGAAAAAUAUUACCCCUGGGGUGCUGCCUCCUCCUCAUAUUAUCAGAAGGACCAAAUAUGUGCACUUAGAACAGAGAUACUCUUUGUUUUCCUUCAUGCUAUGGACUUUGAUGAGAAAAGCUCCUGCUCCCCAUAAUCUGACCAUUUACUUUGGCUCUGCCUAUGUUGCCUUUACAAGAGAAUUUGCUAAUUUUGUUCUUCAAGACCAGAGGGCCAUUGACCUACUUAAGUGGUCAAAAGACACCUACUCUCCUGAUGAACAUUUCUGGGUAACGCUCAAUAGGAUUCCAGUGAAAUUUAUAUGA